UUGUGUUCGUGUUGUGAAGGCUAGGUCCUACCUGUAUCUUUCCUAUCUACUUUACAAAAUCAAAGAGUAUAUCUUGAGAAUUAAUUAUGGAUAGCAUACUUGAAAAAGACUAUUCUUCCAUGAGUGAUAGCCAGGAAGUUGUUUGUAGUAAAAACUCUGACGACUACAAUUAUAUGCCACCUGUUUCCAACUUUGAAGAAAGGCAAAGUGACUAUUCUGACGAGGGAUCAGUUGAUUAUGAGAUCAAAAGUGAACCUGUGGAACACGCUGACUCCUCUAUUUCUCUAUCUACUGAUUUGGAUUCAAGUAUUAACAGAGGAACUUUGGAUGAUAGUUAUGCAGAAGGAAAACCAGAUCAGGUUAUGAGCUCGAAUGACAUAAAUGCUGACAAGAAAAAAGAAAAAAGCAAGAAGGAACUUGAAGAAGAGGAAAGAGAGAAAAUGCAGGUUUUGGUAUCCAACUUCACAGAAGCCCAACUUGAUAGGUAUGAAAUGUACCGGAGAUCAGCUUUCCCUAAGGCUGCUAUUAAAAGGUUGAUGCAGACAAUCACCGGCUGCUCUGUGUCACAGAAUGUAGUGAUAGCCAUGUCAGGGAUCGCUAAAGUCUUUGUCGGGGAAGUUGUCGAAGAAGCCCUGGACGUGAUGGAACAGAUGGGGGAGACGGGUGCAGUGCAGCCGAAACACCUGCGAGAGGCUGUGCGUCGUCUGCGACGUCGCUCAGGCACACCGAUCAGCAGAACACGCAAAACUCUCAAUAUCAUGGGAUAAUUACUCAGACUUUGUAUAGUGUACAUAAAGUUUUUUUUCUAUAA